AUGCUUGGGAAGACAACAUUUUUUCUUAAGCUUCUAUUUCUCUUUUUUUUCCUAGACGGAUUGAAUGCCGCUUUGGCAAAACCAUUCUCGGGUGCGAAAUUAAAUGUCGGCAACUCCAUCAAAAACCGAAAUAAAAUUUUUGGUAAUGUCCUCCCUGGUAUCUAUAUAUUAAAUAUCACCUCUUCUAUUUCAUCGGGUGUUAGCUCCCAAUUUACCAUCUAUUCAGAAACUGGGAUUGAUGUAAAUGUCGACACUUCCAUCAGCAUCGAAAACACUGGCUCCAUCCCAGUUACAUGGACACCCUCUGCAGGAGCGAUCUUCAAUGUCGUCGCAAUCCUGAGUAGUAUUUACUCUCCCUCAUCCGUGUUCAAGAACGUAACCAUUCCUGACUCUGGUAUGGCCGAAAUUUCUGUUUCACAGUUUGGUUCGACCAUUGCGUCCGGUGAGUAUAGCCUUACCAUUGUAACCCCCCUUGGUGCAGGAAUUUCAAAUACAUUCCUGAUCCUUUCUCAGUAUAUCGAUGUUACUUUGUCUAACUAUUCUGUUCAUAUUGGAAAAAACAUCUCUGUGUACUGGAGACCAUUUGAAUGUAACGAGACUGCCAACAUUUAUGUGAGGGAUAUGAACUCUGAAGCCUCAUAUCAUGUUGCAAAGAACAUUUCUGAUAAGGGUUACUACAACAUUUCUCUUGGAACAAUUGCCGCAGGUGCCUAUAAAGUUGAAGUGGUAUCGUCAAUCGGUUCUGGUUCAUCCCGUAUUUUAUACAUCUCCAAAGCAUCUUUAAAUGUAACCGCCAUUCCUUCCAAUGUAUAUGCCGUGCAAAAAAUAUUCAUCGUUUGGAAACCGAUUGACAGAUUGCAGAAAACCGUCGAACUUUCAAUUUACAAAGCCUCUAGUCUAGAGUUCAAAGUUUCUGUUCCCAACAUCGGCAUUUACUCCUUUAUCCCUGAUGAGAUAAAUAUAGAAGCAGGUGAAUACACUUCAAUGAUCACCUCGAAACUUGGAGUUGGGAUAACUUCAUUUUCAGUAUACUCUCCGAUCGUAUUAAAUGUAACUGAGCCAAAUGCUUCCGUUGUUUAUAAAAAUACGACCACUAGUCUCCCUGUUCAAUGGAGUUCUUCUGGUGUACUUUCUGGCAAGGCUAGUAUCAAGCUUAUCGAUGUUAUCUCUGGUUAUACUUAUAACUUCACUGCAGUUAAUAAUGGAUUUCUUACUAUUGACCUUUCAACUUUGGGAAUAUUAAACACUUCCCAUUACAAGGUUGUUGUUACUUCUACAACGGGAAAAGGUUCCUCUCAAGAAUUUUCUAUCUUGGCAGCAGGAAACAUCGUCGAAACGUCUGCUUCAGACACAGUUGGAGUUUCAAAUGUUGGGACCCUCAACAUCACAUGGGUGCCCGUUGAGCCUCCAGGUCAAAAUAUUACCAUUUGGAUCUUUCAGCCCGAUUUCCCAUCUAUUGUUUAUGGGCCAUUCAGCUUCCCAGAUAGUGGUCUCGCUACUAUUAACCUUUCAGACCUAAUGGGUAGUAAAACGCCAAAGACUUAUCAGACGGGUGAAUCGAUAUUUGAAAGGGCUAAGAUCCCGCAAUAUAUUGUAUCUUCUCCCGAUAGAGUAUCGAAAAAGGCCUUAAAGCCAUCAAUUGGCGCAUAG